AUGUCCAUUGCUGCAAGACUCGAUAUAACACACACAGAUCUUCCACCUUGCUGCCUCCGUGUACAUCCCGUAGAUGCAAAUGUUGUGUUUCUCGGGACUUACAAACUUGAGAAAGAGUCGGGACUUCGUCAUGGAUCCAUCGACGUCUACGACAUUGAGAAUGGAAAACUCACCAAAAGAAACUCGACUCCUACUAAGCUGGCAGUGCUAGAUCUCAAAAUCAAUCCAAAGAACCCAAACAUGUUGGUGCUGGCACAUUCUACUGGAAAUUUGAUGGUGUGGAAGUAUGAUGGAAAUGAAGUUGGAUUGAUGGAAGACAUGCAACUUUUUGACGAGCUGGACCUCAUUACCUCAGUGUUCUUCUCUCCUCAAAGCACCUCACUGUUACUUGUGACUUUAACUUCUGGCUCUUCAGCUAUUGUCAACCUUGAAACCGCUAAUAUCGAAGAGCUUUCCACCCCUCACACUUUGGAGUGCUGGACUGGAGCUUUUGGAGAGGCUGGACCGGCUCAAAAUGUUGUAUUUACAGGUGGAGACGAUGCUAAGCUCAUAGCACAUGACUUGCGAACAAAUGAGAAGAUCUGGGAGACGUCUCACCGUCACCAUGAUGCUGGAGUGGUGCUGAUCCUCUGUCCUGGGCCCAAAUGGCACACCAGACGUCCAAAUUCUCUCUGGACAGGCUCCUACGAUGACAAUCUUCGAGUGUUCGACUUGAGAAUGAUCGAUGGAGAUGAUGGUCCCGUUCUUUUUCAGGGCUUACUUCCACAACAAAAACACUCCGAGAACCUUAAUGGUGGAGUAUGGAGGUUGAUACCUGCCCCAGACUCAGAUAAGGUAUUGGCUUGUUGUAUGUAUGACGGAGCCAGAAUCAUCGAUCCUGAAAAUCCUGAGAGCCCCGAAGUAGUCAGAUACUUCAAAGGAGAACACGAGAGUAUGUGCUAUGGAGGGGACUGGCAGGGCGAUUGCAUUGUCACCUGUUCGUUCUACGAUAACGUGGUGCAGCUGUGGCUGCCAGUGGAGGUUGAAAAGCAACAGUCGUAG